AUGUUGUCCCAGACAAUAGAGGUCCCCCAUAUCCCCGACUUUUCUCCAUGGGCGGAUUUGCGGAUGCUGCAUUUGCUGAAGCACAUUGCCAUCGAUAUAUGUGAUAGUCCUCCUUGGAACUCUCAGGGGUCGAUCAUCGGUCUCAUAGCCGCGUGCAAGAACUUAGAGUCAAUCUCUAUUGUCCUCCGAGACGUGGAUUGCAACGAGCAAGAUCCCAAUGUGUUCUUCUACCGCCGCUUUCUCCCGCCGCCUGGUCACUGCCGUCUCCAGGACGUCCCGGACCAGGUUUUGGGCCGUACCGCUAUCAAUUUUGACGUCGGUGGCCGUCCUCACGUGCCACCGUGCCCCGUGGAGCAGUUUGUGGACUGGUUCCGCAAAGAGCUUGAUGGGAGAGCGGCUCUGGUCGCCCCCGGGCCGCCGCCCGCCAAUGGAAGCAUCAGUGCAGUGAAGAUCAAGGUGCAGUCCUUUGUCGAGUGCGUCGAAACCCCGAACCUAAGCGAAGAGUGGCGUGAACCUUGGUGGCAGGACGCCGAAGAGGACACAUCCGACUCCACAGACGAGGCAUAUGGCUACAGAGACGACUCAUUAGACUACGGAGACGUGGAAUUCGACAACACAGACUAG